UUUCCAUGGUUUCCUCGCCAAACAUGUCCUUCUCAUUCUCAACCCAUCAUCACCAUCAUCAUCAUCAGUUCCACCCUUUGAACCCGGGUGUCCCCAGAUCAAAUAUCUCCAAUUAGAACAUCUCCAAUCUCCAUUCAAUUUGCGCAUUAAUCAAUCAUGAAUUCCUCGAAAGGAACCAUCUUUUUCAUUCCAAUUCCCAUCUCUUGAUUGGAUUGAAUUUGGAUUUUGAUUCUCACUAUAAUGGCGGACCGAAGCAUCCACAUUCUAGGGCUUCGUAGCAGUAGGAAGCCAUUGUUCCUCUUCUUCGGCUUUGUUGCUCUUUUCUUCGCCUUCUCCUGGUUCUACUUCUUCGGUUUCGCCGUUGCCCGCGCGCCCAUCGUCGGCCGCAGCGUCUUGCCGAGCUCCAAGAUCCUCUCCGUCGUUGAAAGCAGAGAUGCCGCUCCGGUGACGGAAAUCGCCGGCUUUGAAAACCGGCAGUGCGAUCCGGAGAGGGCUUUGUUGAAGGUCUUCAUGUAUGAUCUCCCGGCCGAGUUUCAUUUCGGGCUUUUGGGGUGGAGUUCCAAGGGCGGCGAGGUUUGGCCUGACGUCAAGGAGAAGAUCCCCGAUUACCCCGGCGGGUUGAAUCUCCAGCACAGCAUCGAGUACUGGCUCACAUUGGAUCUCUUGUCGUCCGCGUUCAUUGAUCGGAGCGGCCCGUGCACUGCCGUGAGAGUAGAUGACUCUCGUCAGGCGGAUGUCAUCUUCGUUCCCUUCUUCUCCUCGUUGAGCUACAACCGACACUCAAAGGUGACGCCGCCGAUGAAGGUUAGCACCAACAAGAUGCUGCAGGACAAGCUUGUUCGGUUCUUGAUCAGCCAAGAGGAGUGGAAGAGGUCUGGUGGAAGAGACCAUGUGGUAAUGGCUCACCAUCCAAACAGCAUGCUUGAUGCGAGGAUGAAGCUGUGGCCUUGCGUCUUCAUUCUCUCGGAUUUCGGUCGGUAUCCGCCCACCAUUGCCAAUGUGGAGAAGGAUGUCAUUGCUCCUUACAAGCAUGUUGUUAGCACCUUUGUGAAUGAUUCUUCAGGCUUUGAUGAUCGCCCAACGUUGCUCUAUUUUCAGGGAGCCAUCUACAGGAAAGAUGGUGGGUUUAUCAGACAGGAACUGUAUUACCUUCUCAGAGAAGAGAAGGAUGUGCAUUUCUCAUUUGGAAGCAUUCAAGCGAAUGGAAUAAAGGAUUCAACCCGAGGGAUGCGGGCAUCGAAGUUCUGUCUCAACAUUGCAGGAGACACCCCAUCCUCCAACAGGCUUUUUGAUGCUAUAGCAAGCCAUUGCGUGCCUGUUAUCAUCAGUGAUGAUAUUGAACUUCCAUAUGAAGACAUUCUUGAUUACUCCAAGUUCUGCAUUUUUGUGCGCACUUCCGAUGCACUUAAAAAGAAUUUCCUUUUAAAAUUAGUUAGAGAAAUAAGUAAGGAAGAAUGGACGAUGUGGAAGAGGCUGAAAGAAGUGGAAGGUUACUUUGAAUAUAGUUUUCCGUCUCAGAAGGAUGAUGCAGUUCAGAUGAUUUGGCAGGCUGUGGCACGGAAAGUGCCUGAAAUAAAGCUAAAGCUCCAUAGAUACAAGCGGUUCUCCAGGUCUGAUGCUGAUAGAUAGUGUAUCGGAGCUAAACAUACACCGGAGCUAAACAUACACAAAAGAGGAGACAAACAUUGUAGUCACUGAAAUAUCUCAUUUCAUCGGACCACACACAUCAAAUUAACACGGUAUUUUCGGGACUAGAUUUUUUUGAUCAAGUGUUAAGUCAAAUGCAUUUUUAGGUGCUGAUGCAUAGUUCGACCUGGUGAUGCUAAGGAUACCUUCUCGACUGCACAUUGUAUUUUUCAUGAACAAAACUGAUUUCCUUCUUGAUUUGUAAAUUCAAGUGUAAAAGAAAUAGGAUGAUUUCCGCCAUUUUUUUU